AUGAUGUUAGAGUUAGCGGUGGUGGAGCUCAAGCUGCGUAUACACUGCAAAGCCUGCGAGAAGGAUGUUCGCAAAGCCCUAUGCAAGAUCAAAGGGGUACGGUGCGUGGACAUAGAUGUGGCAUUGAACAAGAUCACAGUUCUGGGGUAUAUGGAUCAAAAGCACAUUCUCAAAGCUCUGCGCAAGACUGGAAGGAGACCCUUUCUAUGGCCGCCCAGGCCACCUCCUACUCCGACUCCUACUACUACGCCUUAUUCUCCCUUUCGUUGCUUUCUUCCCACUUGUCGUCUUGGCUUCUCGGACUAAAUCAAAUCAAUCUCCUCUUGCAGCCAUGACCCACUUUUUCUAUCACUCUAAUAUCACUCUUAACUUACACAAAUGUUGUCAUAUCAAACACCUCCUCUCCCGCUGCUUUCACCAUUCCCAGUUCCCAAACACCUUUGAUGUCACUGUUCUUCCCUCGCUUAUCAAGGCCUCGCAGUCACAGCAGUAUGCUCUUCAGCUUCACUGCCUUGCCCUCAAGUCAGGCUCCUCUUCAGACGCAGUUGUUUCCAAUUCUCUCAUUUCCGUGUACGCCAAAUCUUCCAAUCUUCGGGCAGCGCGGCAGGUGUUUGAUACAAUGCCUUACAGAGAUACCAUCACAUGGAAUUCCAUCAUUAAUUGUUAUAUACAAAAUGGGCAUCCUUCCGAAGCCUUGCAAAUGCUGAAGCAAAUGUAUUUCUAUGGUUUUGUGCCCAAGCCGGAGUUGCUUGCCUGCAUUGUAUCGGUUUGUGCUCGGUCACGACGGUUGAGACUUGGAAGGGAAAUUCAUGCUCUUGUUGUCACUGACGGAAGGAUUCAGGAGGAGUCUGUGUUCUUGUCGACAGCUCUGCUUGAUUUGUAUUUCAAGUGUCACUGCUCCACCAUGGCUUUACAUGUUUUUGAUAGAAUGGCUGUGAAGAAUGAAGUUUCUUGGUCCUCUAUGAUUUCGGGAUGUGCUGCCGCUCAUAACUAUGAUAUGGCAAUGUACUGCUUCAGAGCAAUGCAGGUUGAAGGGGUGAAACCAAACCGAGUAACGCUUAUAGCCAUUUUACCAGUUUGUGCCCACUUAGGCUGCAUAAAACAUGGGAAAGAGAUUCAUGGAUAUGCGGUUCGUCGUGGAUUUCAUUCAGAUCCUCACUGCUCAGCAGCUCUCAUGCACAUGUAUUGCACGAGCAAAGAAACAUCCCCUGCUGCCAAACUCAUUUUUGAGAGAUCAACUGUUAGAGAUGUUGUAAUGUGGAGUUCAAUCAUCGCCAGCUAUGCUCGGCACGGUAAUAAAGCCAAGGCUAUAAAGCUCUUCAACCUGAUGCAGGAAGAGGGAAUCGAACCAAACUCCAUAACUCUAUUGGCAGUAAUUUCCGCCUGCACUUCUCUAGACCUCGCUGGUGGAAUCCAUUGCUAUACCUUAAAAUCUGGGGUAACCUUUGACAUUUCCAUAGGGAAUGCUCUUAUAAACAUGUAUGCAAAGUGCGGUUGUGUAGAGGCUGCUCGUCGAGUUUUCAUGGAGAUACCAAUUAAAGACUCCAUUUCAUGGAGCACACUAAUAGAUGGUUAUGGGGUUCACGGGCGUGGUGAACAAGCUCUUGAAUUGUUUCAUGAAAUGGAAAAGGCAGGGGUGGAGGCAGACCAAGUGACUUUCCUUUCGGUUUUAUCUGCUUGCAACCACGCCGGCCUUGUCGAAGAGGGACAGGAGAUCUUCCAUCGUUUGAUGAAAGGUAGUGAUGAAAUACCAUUGACAAUGGAGCACUAUGCUUGCUACAUUGAUCUUCUUGGGAGGGCAGGGAAGAUUGAAGAUGCUUGUAAGGUUGUGAGAGCAAUACCAGUGGAAGCAAGUCCCAGAAUUUGGACUUCUUUGAUAUCAUGCUGUAAACUCCAUGGAAGAAUGGAAGUAGCAGAGGUGUUAGCACAGCAGUUGGUUGAAUCAGAGCCUGAGAAUGCUGCUAACCACACUUUGCUGAGUAUGGUUUAUGCUGAAACCGGCAAUUGGCGCGGCGUGGAAGAGGUGAGAAGAGCCAUGCAAGUGAAAAGACUACAGAAAUGCCAAGGCUUGAGUCAAAUUCAGCUUGAAAAUUAGAACUUUCCAUUGUGACAAGGUGUAAUAUAUUGUCUUAUCUUGUCAUUUCAUUGAUUCAUGAAAUGACAAUGUGUAACCACAACACUGACCAAAUCUCAAAUACUAAAUUAACAAGCUUUUUCUGUUACAGAUGAUUGUUUAUCCACACAGAUCAGCUUUGACAAAGACAAAAUAUUAAUCUGUCUCCAAUUUGUUA